AUUAGAUUAAGUUUAUUUUCCUUUUAAAUCACAUUAUAUGUGAUCCGAUAGAAAUUAAAUUUCAAAUUAGCUAAAUUCCAUAUUGCCCGUGCGAUGCAUGGGCGCUUGAAAGCUAGUCGUACAUAAAUCAAGAAGACAGAAAAAUUCAGAUUACAUAAGCGAUUUAGGAACAGAAGGCAGAGGGGAUUUGAAGGGAGUGGGGGUGACUUGGAGAAACAUAUAAUUGCCUGCAAAAAUAUCCCCAAAAUGGCACUUACUCUCCUUCAACCUCUUGGCGCACGCCGCCACCGCCAGCCUCGCCUUCCUCCUCACCCCCGCCGCCAGCUUCCGAAUCUUCACAAUCCUCAAUCGCUUCCUAAUCACCACUCUCGCCUUCCUCACCCCCCUCCCGGAGAAGCUUCUGAUCAGCUGCCUCCCCGCCGCCGCCGUCUCGGGCUCGAACGUCGCGCUGCACCCAGCUUCUUUAGGCCUGAGUCUGCUGUAGGAGUGUCUAGAAAGCGAAGGCAUAAUUUCGAUCAUCUUAUCCGCCUUUAUCAAACUUUGAAUAGAUCGAAAUUGUGAUGAGAAUGAAUGGAAUGGAGUUAGGCCGGAAAUAGAAAGGUAGCUAAGCCGAAGCAGUGGUGUAACAACCUGGGUACGUGGUUUGUCUGUCUUAGAUCAUCAAAGUAUGGGUUUGGUGUUGGUUGGCCAUAAUUAAUUGAAUAAAAAAGACGGAAUAUCCGGUCCCGGAGUCCACCGCACUCAGACCCGACAAGUCACAUGGUCGGGAGGAGGUAAAUCCGAGGAGGUAAAUCACGACGACUCAAUCAGCAAAAUGACAUUACGCUCGUAUAACCGUGUGCGAGGUUCAGCUCAUUUCAGAGACCUUGUGGUUGACCAUAAUUAAGUAAAUGCAACGUAAGACGAGCCGGCCAAUAUAUGCUACAGCCCGCCAGCUGCCACCACGUAUACAUAUGCAUGUGUAUAGUGAGUGAUUCACGAAGCCUUUAAUAUAUACUCCCUC